GCUUCUUUUGGUCUCAACGGGAGCCUGACCAACAGCACUGAGCCGGUCAAGAGCACCACGUCCACGGUCAUCGCCCUCGCCAUCACUGCGCUCUACUCGGUGGUGUGUGUGGUCGGGCUCAUUGGCAAUUUCCUGGUCAUGUACGGGAUUGUCAGAUACACAAAAAUGAAAACAGCCACCAACAUUUACAUCUUCAACCUCGCCUUGGCCGAUGCAUUAGCUACGAGCACACUGCCAUUCCAGAGUGCCAAAUACUUGAUGGAAACGUGGCCCUUCGGCGAGUUGUUGUGCAAAACAGUCCUGUCAAUUGACUACUACAAUAUGUUCACCAGCAUCUUCACCCUGACCAUGAUGAGCGUCGACCGUUACAUUGCUGUGUGUCACCCGGUUAAAGCGCUAGAUUUCCGCACGCCCACCAAUGCAAAGAUCGUCAAUGUUUGCGUGUGGCUCCUAUCAUCUGCCAUUGGGGUCCCAGUUAUGGUCAUGGCUGUCACGAAGCCCGGUGACAAAGGGAACGUGAUGUGUACCAUACAGUUUCCAGCCCCAACUUGGUACUGGGACAACGUAACCAAAAUCUGUGUCUUCAUAUUUGCCUUCGUGAUCCCAGUCCUGGUCAUUACCAUCUGCUACGGCCUGAUGAUUCUGCGUCUGAAAAGCGUCCGCCUUCUCUCUGGCUCCAAAGAGAAGGACAGGAAUCUGCGAAGGAUCACGCGGAUGGUGCUGGUCGUGGUGGCCAUCUUCAUCAUCUGCUGGACACCUAUCCACAUCUUCGUGAUUGUCAAGACACUGGUGGUGAUCAACCCGAGCCCUUUAGUGACGGCCAGCUGGCAUUUCUGCAUCGCCCUGGGUUACACCAACAGCUGCCUGAACCCUGUGCUCUAUGCCUUCCUGGACGAGAACUUCAAGCGUUGUUUCCGGGAGUUUUGCUUACCCUUGCGCUCAAGGCUGGAGCAGAACAGCUUCACGCGAGCCAGGAAGUCCAACAGGGAGUCAGUCUGUGCCUGCACCCCGUCCGAGAUGGUCAACAAGUCAGUAUGA